CGCUAAUUCAAUGGUGGAUAUCUAUUGCACUAUAGGUAACAGUCUCGAGCCACUGCUAGGCUCUGGCCGAGGACGAGGUGACCCUUCCUUAUUCGCGACUAUUCCACCAACCCUUCUUAUUUUCAGCCCAUCUUCAUCAACAGAAGACGCUCACCAAACCUUAACCACACGCAAAUGGUCCAAGUUCUAUGACAUUCCAAAUUGAAUAGAAGCCCAACAUAGAGAGAAUGCUAGAGCGAGGAGGCGAGUACCAGUUUUACAAAGAAGCGCACGAAUCUCAGCUAUGAUGCCAGCUUGCCAGAACUGUAUCGAUAUGGGAAUUGAGUGUGAAAAACCUCUGCCACGGAAGCAGAGAAUUUAUGGGAGUUUCGAACAGCUAGACAGAAGAUAUCGCGCGCUAUAUGCUGUAGUAUCCGGCUUUUCCCCUGCCUUAUCCUCAAAUAUCACGCCUGAAGAGCUGGUUGAGUACGGUAGACAAUAUGGAAUUACUAUGCCUGAUCUUGGAUCUGAGUUUAAAUUACCAAAGUCAUAGGCGAAAACGGCGUCGGCCCGCAUAUCACCGGCCCCUCCCCUAACUGUUAGCCGCAGGAUUGAC